AUGUUGUGGCUAAAUUCUCUUGUAGCAGUUUUAAUGUUAAUUACAACAGCAGAGGCCUGCAGUUUUAAAUUCAUUAAAAUUCUGUCAGACUUUUCUAAUGAACAAGACGUUAAAUUUUUUAGAUCAACGCUACCAUGGAUUGUGGAAAAUAUUGGCUCAAAAUUAAGGAUCAGUUAUCACUUCAGGAAUCAAGUUAAUAAUACUGGAAUCAAAGAAUGCAUUUUGAUGCAAAUGAAAGGGAACACUUACUUACAAGCUACUUUUCUUAGCUUAGAAGCUCAAGAAGUACCAACAAAUAAAGCUAUUUCAAAUUUACCAAUAAACGACAGAAAAAUGGCAUACUGCUUAAAACGAAGAAUUAAGUAUAUAAUGAAAACAGCCACUAGAGAAUUCAAAAAUGUAAAAUACGAAAAUACGCCUAUCAUUAUUUUACCCGGAAAAAGAAAAAUUUCCCAGGUAUCGCCAGAAACCAUUUUAAAAGAAAUUUGUGCCUUGUUUGGCAAACGUCAAUCAGAAAGAUGCAUAAAUCCAACUCCUUAUCCAAAACAAAGCAAACCAAUAGAUAUAAGUCCUAAAACCGAAAAACCAACUGAAUUACUACCGCAAAAUACAACCCACAUAAAUGAUAAAACUCCUUCUACAGUAACAACAGAAAUAAAUAUAAAAGGGACAGUUACAGAAAAUGAAGCAUCCACAUCACCACAAGAAGGUGUAGUAGUAAGUAACAUCUCAACAUUACCUACAACGAAUAAAGAUUCAUCAACAACGCCUAUUGAAACAGACACUAAUAUGUCUUCGCAAAAUGGUAAUAUUUCUUCUGAAAAAAUGACGGAAAAGUAUGGGAAAGUAUCAGAAUCUACAUCAUCAAAAGAAGCUGACACAACAACACUCCCUACAACAAAGGGAGAUAUGGAGACGUUUUCUACCGAAUGA